AUGAAUCCUCCAAGACGCACCCAAAACAACACAACUCGCCGGCCUUCCUCCCCGCUUCAGCCUCACUUCUUCCACCUCUUCCUGUGUCCUUACUUCCUGCAGUACAACCCCACCCACAAGUACUUCCUGGCGGUGGACCUGACGGGGUCCCUCUUCAUCUCCGACACCAACUCGCGGCGGAUCUACCGCGUGCGCUCGCUGACGGGGGGCCGGCUGCUGUCGGACAACGCCGAGGUGGUGGCGGGCACCGGCGAGCAGUGCCUGCCGUUCGACGAGCGCUGCGGCGACGGGGGCAAGGCCACCGAGGCGACCCUGAUGAGCCCCAAAGGCAUCGCGGUGGAUAAGAACGGCCUGAUGUACUUUGUGGACGCCACCAUGAUCCGCAAGGUGGACCAGAAUGGCAUCAUCUCCACCCUGCUGGGGGCCAACGACCUCACCUCCGUCAGACCGCUCAGCUGUGACUCCAGCAUGGACGUCAGCCAGGUGCGUCUAGAGUGGCCCACGGACCUCGCGGUGAAUCCGAUGGACAACUCGUUGUACGUGCUGGAGAACAACGUCAUCCUGCGCAUAACGGAGAACCACCAGGUCAGCAUCAUCGCGGGACGUCCCAUGCACUGCCAGGUCCCGGGCAUCGACUACAGCCUCAGCAAGCUGGCCAUCCACACGGCGCUGGAAAGUGCCACGGCCAUCGCCCUGUCCCACACGGGCAUCCUCUACAUCGCCGAGACGGACGAGAAGAAGAUCAACCGCGUCCGACAGGUGAGCACCAGCGGGGAGAUCUCCCUGUUGGCCGGCGCCACCUCCGACUGCGACUGCAAGAACGACGUCAACUGCAACUGUUUCUACGGCGACGAGGGCUACGCCCCCGACGCGGGCCUCAACUCGCCCGCCUCGCUGGCCGUGUCGCCGGACGGCACGCUGUUCAUCGCCGACCUCAACAACAUCCGCAUCCGGGCGGUGCGCGCCAACCGGCCCGGCCCGGCCCUGUCCGGCACGGGGCUGGGCGGCCUGUCGGGCGGCGGCAUGCAGUACGAGGUGGCGUCGCCGCGGGAACAGGAGCUGUACAUCUUCAACCAGGAGGGGCUGCACGUGCAGACGGUGAGCCUGGUGACCGGGGAGCCCCUCUACAACUUCACGUACGGCGCCGACGGCGAGCUGGCCACGCUGGCCGACAACUGCAACAACACGCUGAGGGUGCGGCGCGACGGCCUGGGCCAGGGCGGAGGGGCGGGCCUGCUGAGGCUGGUGCUGCUGCCCGAGAACCAGGUGGUGACGCUGGGCCUGGACCCCACGGGGGGCCUGAGGAGCGUCUCGGCCCUGGGGCAGGAGGUGGCGCUGCUGGGGUACAGCGGCAGCACGGGCCUGCUGGCCACCAAGGCGGACGAGACCGGCUGGACCACCUUCUACCAGUACGAUAGCGAGGGUCGCCUCACCAACGUGACGUACCCCACGGGCAUGGUCACCAGCCUCCACCGCGAGAUCGAGCGCUCCAUCAACAUCGACGUGGAGAGCUCGAGCCGGGACGACGAUGUCACCAUCGUCACCAACCUGUCCUCGGUGGAGGCGUCCUACACCGUAGUACAAGACCAGGUGAGGAACAGCUACCAGCUCUGUAACAACGGCACCCUGAGGGUCAUGUACGCCAACGGGAUGGGCAUCAGCUUCCACACAGAGCCCCAUAUCCUGGCCGGCUCCGUCAGCCCCACCAUCGGUCGGAGGAACAUCACCCUGCCCACCGACAACGGCCUCAACUCCAUCGAAUGGCGGCUCCGCAAGGAGCAGACCAAGGGCCGGAUCACCGUGUUCGGCAGGAAGCUGAGGGCACACGGGCGCAACCUGCUCUCCAUCGACUACGACCGCAACACGCGCACGGAGAAGAUCUACGACGACCACCGCAAGUUCACCCUGCGCAUCAUGUACGACGCCCAGGGCCGGCCGGCCAUGUGGCUGCCCAGCAGCAGCCUGGCGGUGGUCAACGUGUCCUACUCCAGCACGGGCCAGCUGGUGGGCCUGCAGAGGGGCAGCAUGAGCGAGCGCACCGAGUUCGACCCGCAGGGCCGCGUCGUGUCCCGCGCCUUCGUGGACGGCAAGGUGUGGAGCUACAGCUACCUGGACAAAUCCAUGGUGCUGCUCCUGCAGAGCCAGCGGCAGUACGUCUUCGAGUUCGACAAGUCGGGCCGCGUGACGGCCGUGACCAUGCCCAGCGUGGCGCGCCACACCAUGUUCACGCACGUGUCGGUGGGCUACAUCCGCAACACCUACACGCCGCCGGAGAGCAACGCCUCCAUCAUCCACGACUUCAGCGAGGACGGACGCCCGCAGGCCACCCACUUCCUGGGCACGGGCCGCCGCGUCCUCUACAAGUACGGCAAGCUGGCCAAGCUGUCGGAGAUCGUGUACGACAGCACGGCGGUCACCUUCGGCUACGACGAGACGGCCGGCGUGCUGAAGAUGGUCAACCUGCAGAGCGGCGGCUUCUCGUGCACCAUCCGCUACCGCAAGAUGGGCCCGCUCAUCGACAAGCAGAUCUACCGCUUCAGCGAGGAGGGCAUGGUGAACGCCCGCUUCGACUACACCUACCACGACAACAGCUUCCGCAUCGCCAGCAUGAAGCCCGUCAUCAGCGAGACGCCGCUGCCCGUCGACCUCUACCGCUACGACGAGAUCUCCGGCAAGGUGGAGCACUUUGGGAAGUUCGGGGUGAUUUACUACGACAUUAACCAGAUCAUCACCACGGCCGUCAUGACGCUCAGCAAGCACUUCGACACGCACGGGCGCAUCAAGGAGGUGCAGUACGAGAUCUUCCGCUCGCUCAUGUACUGGAUGACGGUGCAGUACGACAGCAUGGGCCGCGUGGUGAAGCGGGAGCUGAAGAUAGGACCCUACGCCAACACCACCCAGUACCGCUACGAGUACGACGGGGACGGCCAGCUCAGCGGCGUCAAGGUGAACGACUGGUCCACCUGGCGCUACAGCUACGACCUCAACGGCAACCUCCACCUGCUCAACCCGGGCAACAGCGCCCGCAUCAUGCCGCUGCGCUACGACCUGCGCGACCGCAUCACGCGGCUGGGCGACGUCCAGUACCGCCUGGACGAGGACGGCUUCCUGAGCCAGCGCGGCUCCGACGUCUUCGACUACAACUCCAAGGGCCAGCUGCUCCGGGCCUACAACCGCGGGCCGGGCGGCUGGAGCGUGCAGUACCACUACGACGGGCUGGGGCGCCGCGUCUCCACCCGCAACAGCCUGGGCCAGCACCUGCAGUUCUUCUACGCCGACCUCAACCACCCGGCCAGGGUCACGCACAUCUUCAACCACUCCAGCUCCGAGAUCUCCUGCCUCUACUACGACCUGCAGGGUCACCUGUUUGCCAUGGAGGUGAGCAGUGGGGAGGAGUACUACAUCGCCUCAGACAACACCGGGACGCCCUUGGCAGUCUUCAGCAGCAACGGCCAGAUGAUCAAACAGGUGCAGUACACGGCCUACGGCGAGGUCUACCUGGACUCCAACCCGGAGUUCCAGCUGGUGGUGGGCUUCCACGGGGGCCUCUACGACUCGCUCACCAAGCUGGUCCACUUCACCCAGCGGGACUACGACGUGCUGGCGGGCCGCUGGACCUCCCCGGACUACGCCACCUGGCCCAAGAUCGGCAAAGACCCCGCCCCGUUCAACCUGUACAUGUUCAAGAACAACAACCCCCUCAGCGACAUGCUGGACAUCAAGAACUACGUCACAGAUGUGAAGAGCUGGCUGGUGAUGUUUGGCUUCCAGCUCAGUAACAUAAUCCCCGGCUUCCCUCGACACUCCUUCUACUUUGUGGAGCCACCCUACGAACUGCAGGCCACGCAGCACUGUGAGAAUGGACAGCUCAUCACCGGCGUGCAGCAGGCGGCCGAGCGCCACAACCAGGCCUUCAUGGCGCUGGAGGGCCGGCUGCUCAACAAGGAUCGGCGGGGCCGACGGGACAAGCCGGGCCACUGGUUCGGCACCAGCACGCCCAUCAUCGGCCGCGGCGUGAUGCUGGCGCUGAAGGAGGGCCGCGUGGUGGCGGGCGUGUCGUCGGUGGCCAGCGACGACAGCCGCAAGGUCGCCCUGGUGCUCAACGGCGCCCUCUACCUGGAGGGCACGCACUACACGCAGGACGGCCGCGACUGCCACUACUUCGUCAAGGUGGGCGCGGCCGACGGCGACCUGCUGGCGCUGGGGCUCACCAACGGACGCAAGUCGCUGGAGAGCGGCAUCAACGUGACGGUGAGCAGCCGCUCGAGGCGAGGCGCCACCGUGGAGUUCGCCGCGCCGUCGCUGGCGCUGAGCGUGCGCUACGGGCUGGCGCUGGACGUCGUAGACGAGGAGAAGGUAAGACUGUUGGAGCAGGCCCGGCAGAGGGCCAUGUCGGGGGCCUGGAGCCGGGAGCAGCAGAGGGUGCGGGACGGGAAGGAGGGAAGCCGUCUGUGGACGGAGGGGGAGAGACAGCAGCUGCUGACAUCGGGCAGGGUGCAGGGCUACGACGGGUACUAUAUACUGCCCGUGGAGCAGUACCCGGAGCUGGCCGACAGCAGCAACAACAUCCAGUUCCUCCGACAGAACGAGAUGGGGAGGAGGUAACAGCCUCCCGGGGACUUGUCCGAUUGGACGGAGCCACGCCUCCCGUCCCGUCUCGCCGACAUUCACGUUCUUUUCGGUUCUUUCCACCCAGCCUUCUCAUUCUUGCGCCACUCGAAAUCCCGCGGAGAAUAAAAAACCAACUCACGGAACGCUGCAGGGACUUUUGAAAAGAAGAACUUAUCAGAGAAAAUAAAAAGUUAUUGUUGAUUUUACUGCCACGGGCAAAAAACAUGUAAUGUUUAUUCCAGCGUUUCUUUUCCUUUUUGUUUUGAGAAACUUUGAGCAACUCAAAAAGCACUGAUGAACUUGGAAAGGAAAGAACAAACCUGUUGCUUAACGAAUAAGGAAAAAUUCCCCUUUUUAAAAAAGAUAUCGAUAUUUUUACCCAUAUUUUUUGGAUCGACACUGAGAGUGGCCAUGACAGCUGCUGGUGGGUUAGCGUUGCACUGGGUUCUGCGGUGAGAGCUUGUCUCUAUUCAAAAAAAAUACAAAAACCUCUCUAGGCAAAGGGACCAAAUAAGGGAGGCCAAGCCAUUCCCCAGAGUACGACCAAUCAAAGUAAUGGAUCCAAGGACGACGUCACACAAGUUGCGCCGAAACCAACAGCAAAAACACCAUGUGAAACGGCUGUUCGACCACAACGACAACGACAACAACAACAACAACAACACAACAACAACACCACCACCACAACAAGUCAUCUCCCCGACUCAGGCCCCACGAUGUCCACGGACCUAUGCUCCUGCUGAGGUGGAGUGUAUAUCUCUGAGCAAAACACCAACUACUGGCUUGAACAAACAGGAAAACUAGUUACUGAGAAAUAAAUAAUAAAAUACCCUUCAAAAAAAAUUAAAUAAUAAUAAUAAUAAUAACAAAAAGGUUAUAUUUGUGGACAGUGGUAAUCACAUUAGCAUUGUUUUUGUUUCAGAAUGGUGCGAGGAGGAGAGGUAUACUACUACUACAUGUGUUUUCAGACUACACUAAAGUUCAGGAUGUUGCGUAUACUGUAGCUGCCGUAGUUUUGUACGUUUCAGUCGCGAUAGAAUUGUGAGACUUUCACCGAGGCACUUCUGUACAGAGCGUUCAAAAAACACCCUUCACAGAGUCCAGAGAACAUACAAGCUAGUGUCGAUAUCUACUUACUUUGUUCAUUUUUUUUUUAUUAUUAUUUAAUAUUCUUAGUACUAUAUGACAAUCAUAAGGGAGUCACCAGUUGAACAUUAGCGAAUUUGUUUAUUUUAUUUUGUAUAAUACGUAACAAAUGUUAAUUUUGCUUUUUGUAUUAUUUCAGAUUCAAUAAUAGUCUCGCUAAAAAAAGAAUAAUUUAUGUAAUAAAGUGUUUUAAAACGGUUUAUACUUUAAAUAAAGUCUUUAAAACUGUGAAAUCUGUUUUUUUUUUAAAUAUAUUUCAAUGUACAGUGUAUAGAUCUACCUUUAUGCAGCACAGUAGAAUAUUGUUCAGAAUAUCAAGUUUUAUAUUUCUAAGAGGAAGUGGCUUGUAAUGUGCGGAUCUUUAGCUGGUCUUACUACUCUAGAGUUUUGUGACACUCAAAUAUUCCAUAUCUACAUUAUCAGUCCCCCAUUGGUUUUUGAAUGUUUGGUUUCAUUUUUGGUUUAGUUUGGAAGCAGAAAUAUUACUGUCCUAGACCCCAACAGCAGUAGCAGUAAUGGAUCCCUCUCACUGUGAAGAGACUCGUGCUGGAUGUCAUAAUGUACCAAAUCAGUAUUAUUAUCUAAGGAUGAUUCUUAUACACUCACUGAAACGAGACUCUUCUGAGAACCUUAUCAAUAAAAAGUACUUGUUUCCUCAACCAUGUCAAGUUUUGGUUUUCCUCACAUCUCCUGUGUCUUUAACAGACUCUUGACCCGUAGAGUCACACUGUUAUGCCCUUGUUUUGUAUUAAAAUACAGGCCAACUGUCACCUGCAAACGUAAUCUGAUUGGGACCUUCUCCAAAAGCUUAGAUGUUAUGGAAAUACUGGAGAAAUGUCCUCCUGCUUUAAAGGGCUUUAUUGUGUACUAAUACAGUAAGUUACUCUUAUAAAUGUAUACAUGCAUCAGGCAUUACAAUGUGGAAGUUGUGAUGCUUUUAAUUACAUAACCAGGAACAAUGACACAAACAAUAGGCUACAUAUGUUAAUAUGAAUAAAAUCCUCUACCAACUAACUGCUGUUAAAAAUCCUCUGAUGGCAAACAGGUUUGUAUUUUCUUUCCGGUUAUUUUGACUUCAUAUUAAGUUGUUUUCUUACACUUUUUAAGUAAAAAAACAAGCAUCAAAACAAGCAUCAAAGAACAAUCAAUUAAAGCAUGCCAUUCAUGAACCAACCCUAAUCUUUAAUUACCUAUCUUUUGUUGGAGGGUUUAAAGGGGCAUAUAUAUGGGGUGGUUAAUAAAACCAUUGAAUAAUUAUAACAGACCAACAUGUUGAGUGCCAAAACACCAUAUCCAGUAAGAGCAAAGUUUUACCAGCACCCAUGUGUUUGCAGAUAAGUCACAUGCACAUAUUUGGACUCUAAAGAUAGUACUACCCGGCAUGCUUACCGACAUCUGUAACUCAAUACUCUUCCUUUAUUUUAAGCGUCCUCUUCUCACACUCAUCAUGGGGGGGGGGGUAAGACUAAAUACAUAUGUGUUAAUUUCAGAAAGUAAACAGUUAGAAAUGCAUCAAAUGAAUUGACAUUUAUCAAUAUGAAACCAGUAUAACAUUAUGAAAUUACAACAUUGCAGGAUCAUAUGCUUUCUUUUGACGUGCUGAUGGAAGCCAUUUUGUAAAGCCCUGCAUGAUCUGGCAAGCUCUGGCUAUGGGCUCACUUCCAUAACCUUUGAGAAAGAUGACCAGGCAUGGCUCCUGCCCUCUUCUCUAACCCCUCAAUCUCACUCACACGCAUAUGACAUACGACACCAUACCAAAUAUUACAAGCCAGUGACUUAUUUUGGGAUACAUCACUUUUUAAUGCAUGAUUAUUUUUCUUCCAAGCAAAAGACAAAGUAAAAUACUAUUAUUCACCAUUUAUUAUUUAUAGAUUUUUUGGGGGGCAUUUUUCUUUAUUCACUUUUUUUUUAUGGAAUGUUCAUGUUGGAAGUAAUAUUUUCAAAUCACCUUAUCAGGCUCAGCAGGAAAGCAAGUGCACUAUGUUAUGCAAUCAGAGAUAAAUCAUCAUCUUUUUUUUUAAGAAAAAAAGGUGUUUCUUUUAUUCAUCACACGAUUCACCUGAAGAAAUACAUCGGCAACCGGACUGUCUGUGCAAAUAAGAGGGAGGAAUACAUUGCAAGCAUCGGCUUCUGAAGAGGGCCCAGUGGCUUGUUAGCAUCCAGCAGUCGUGCUAGCUGCGUUAGCCAUGAGGGACCAGGCAUAUGAGGUAUUCGGGGCAUGGGGGGGGGGGUCGAUAAGGCUGUGAGGGGGGAGGGGGCAGGAGAGGGAAGGAGCGGGUUUCUUACAGUUAUAACAUCAUAAAGUGCAAAGGAGAGCUCCACACGUAACAAGCCUGAGAUAUAUAUAGGUGUGUGUGGAACUGUGUGUGUGUGUGUGUGUGUCUUUGUGCAUAUGUGUGUGUGUGUGUGGGUGUGUGUCAUUCAUUUACCAGGGAUCUGAUGUGUUCGAGUCGUGAUGGGUGCGUGUGGCAACAUGUAGGAGUUUGAUCACAGAACGGAGCCUGAGAUUGGACAGACUAGAGUAUACUCUUGGG